GAGCCGAAUUGGCGAGUCGACACGUGCCACCCACACAGUCACCAUACAUAGCCCCCGAACUAUUUAUCUUGGCAAUAAAUUGUGAAACAAAAGCGAAACAUAAUCAGGAAAGGACCCCUUCUUUUCCAAAUUUCCCAAGCAGAUGUACCAAAACUUGCUGUGCUUCUUCUUGUGAACCCUUUACACCAGCAAAUGCUUAAAUCUCCCACACCUACACCCACCAUCAUUGCAAUUGGGCUGGUGGCCCACUGGGCUUCAACUAUACAAUCACCUGUAGAAUACUAAAUUUAUAUGCCAUUUCCAAGACAUUCAUAACUUUACUAUGGUCAUUCAUGUACCAUGUAAUUUUGCUUUCGAUAUUUGUAUAUUUCAAGAAUUUAUUUAUGCGCGUGAUCAUCACGUCGCGCAACCCAACACCAUUAGCGACAUCUUGUCUACUUCUCAUUGUGCUGGCAAACAGGGGGGUUAAAGCAAGAUAGCGUGCGUGAAGCAAAUCGAUACACAACAAGCAAGCUUCCAAAUCCCUCCUGUCGCACCCUCAGCAAUUAGCUGGAAGGACCGAGAAGCAUCCUGACUUCUUGCCUCUCAAUUAAUUGCUGACCGCCACAGCCCUUUAAUUGGAAGUUUUAUUUCGUAUCAGCCUAUACCAAAACUGGGGAUUAGAAAACCUUCAUGCAGAACGGCUCUGCCAUCCCUGGCCAGCUCUUCGUUCUUUGCGUAGAAACACCGCCAUCUCCACCAACAACAGUGAAUGAGAUGAGCCAAAACUACCCUUUUCUUUAAUGUGAGACGAAGGGCAAGCUGGAAAGCGAGGUGAAUGGGAUGGCAUGGCAUGGGCCGAAACCCUCUUGCACCACUCGACGCUUCAUCCUUUGGAAGCCACUCGCCGAGCCAUCCCCACCCUCAUAAAAGCCCAAACUCGAAUCCAUAUCCACCACCACCACCAACACCGGUGAGGAUGGCAGCACAGGACGCUCAGCCCUUCCGUUGGCACUACGACGCGCUCGACGACAAGAACUUCCACGUCCGUGGCCGGGGUCUCCUCUUCCUUCUCAUCUCCUUUACCAUUCUCCUCUUCUUCACCCUCAUCUGCCUCUACGUGAGGUGGGCGUGCCGCCACCGUCCGCAAUGGGGGGCCGAAACCGCCCCGGUGAGCAUGUCGUCGGCCGCGACAUCGCAUCGCACGGCAGGCCUCGAUCCGCGGAUCAUCGACAGCUUCCCGGUGCACCUGCACCGAGACUUGGAGGCCGGCGAGGAGGCGCAGUGCUCGAUAUGCCUGAGUAGCCUGACGGAGGGGGAUAAGGUCAAAGUGCUGCCCAGCUGCGGCCACACGUUCCAUGUGGAGUGCGUGGACGAGUGGUUAAAGGCUCACACGAGCUGCCCGCUGUGCCGGGCUUCGCUCGCCGACUCGUCCGUGGCCGCGGAGCCGGCGGGGGCUGCGGUUUGAGGGUGAGAGAAGAUGGAGCAGGAUGCAUGAAGGACAGAAGCUGCAGAGAUGUGGCGAAGUGAAGAGACAUGGCCUUGUUCUGGAACGCGGAAGAUGGUGGGCAUGCAAGAGAGAGCCGUGGGGGAGGGUGGGGAAGGGGAAGCUUGCUGUUCGCUAGCUGCCGUCGAGAGUAGCUCUUUCUGUGGGUCCAGAACACUCUGGUGUUGUACGCAUUCACAUGAGAUGGAUACUUUUUAUCUUUUCAUGUCUCCUUACGUAAAUAGAACUGAAAUGAUAUGGGUUUUGUUGUCAGUGUGGGUUGUAGCCGAAAGGAAUUUAUGAGUUGCGUGCGGUGAGAUCGAUGCAACGCACAGAUAUUUGGGA